UUGGCGGCCUAGAUGUGAGCCCCGUCAGCCCUUCCUGCUAUAGGAAACCCGCACUGACGCAAAGAAACCAUAGCAAACGGAACUCGGUGAUAAUUAAGCGCUUUGCCAGCGCUGUUUUACUGAAACUCUCUGUCCUCUCACAUCCAGGUGUCACUAAAUAUACCGCGUUCGGUGACUACAGGGCGUGCAGGAAAACACAGCCGACGAGAGGGAAAUAAGCAGUGUUUAACUUGGGUUUUGGCAUGGCUGAUCUGCUGAGGCUGCUGCUCCGGGUGGCUGAGAAAGCGGCUAACGUGGCUCGGGUCUGCAGGCAGGAAGCUCCCCUCUUUCAGCUCCUCGUGCAAGAGAAGACUGGCGAUGACAAGAACAAGAAGUUCGUCCAGGACUUCAAGACGCUGGCGGACGUGGUGAUCCAGGAGAUGAUCCGUCAUGAUGUUGGUGCUCAGUUCCCUGAGAUGGCAAACUUCAUUCAAGGAGAGGAGUCCAACAAGUUUGAAAAUGGCCUUGGAGAGAGUGUGACGGUAACAGUGUGCGGUACAGAGGAGGAGACCGCCAUGCUGCUGGCCUCGGUGCUGGACGGUGACCACACGGCGGCAUCUCUGCUGGCUCGAGCCAUCCACCAAGACCCGGCGACCAUCGACGCCAACACCGACGGUCUGACAGUGCCCCUCAGCCCCUCUGAGCUCGGCAUCUGGAUCGACCCCAUAGAUGCCACCAGCCAGUACAUAGAGGGCCGAGAGGAGGUGCUAAAGGAGGGCCACCUGUUUCCUUCAGGUCUGCACUGUGCUUUGGUCCUAAUCGGGGUUUAUCUCCGGAGAACAGGCGAGCCCGUCAUGGGCGUCAUCAACCAGCCAUUCAACUACAGAGAUCCAGCAGGUGGAGGGUGGAGGGGGAAGCAUUUCUGGGGGGUGUCCUGUGGCAGCGUCAACGUCUGCUCAGUGUCCCGUCCAAAAUAUGCACCUGGAGGGGGACUGUCUGUGGUGCUGAGCUCCAGUGAGAAGCAGGUGGUAAAGGAAGCCCUGACCUCGCUGUGCGGCCCUGAAAAGCUGAUGUACGCCUCUGGAGCCGGCUACAAGAUCCUGUGUGUCAUUCAGGGGCUUGCUGAUGUUUACGUCCUCUCAGAGGGAAGCACCUUUAAGUGGGACUCCUGUGCUCCUCACGCUCUGCUCCGAGCCCUCGGUGGGGGUGUGGUGGACCUGACCAAGAGUCUACAGUUCAGCUCUGGAGCACAGGAUCAGCAGACAGAACUGACCUAUCACCAGCCUUACACUGAGUGUAAAGGAGCAGACCGUUGGGCUAACCAAGGCGGCCUGGUGGCUUAUCGGGACUGUUCUCAGCUGCACAGCGUCGUGGGAACUCUCAAAGGCAAGCUGUAAUCAGCACAAGCUGGAUAAGUUAUUGUUGCAUUUAGGAUCAUAUUCAUGUUUUAGUAGAGUGAGGAAUAUGGGGGUACAUGAUACAAUAUUUUAAUUAUAAAUAAUACUGUCUUAUUUUUAACCAAAUAUAUUUGCAUAUUACAAGAUGAACAUCCGGUCUGGGCCAAAUAGUAUUUUCAAAUACUGUCUGGUCUUUAGUUUUAAUCGGUGGUGCUGGAGGGAAAAAUUCAGGGGGUGGGGGAGUGAUGUGGGUGGACAAUAAACAAAGAAGUGCUGUGGUUCAUCACAAGAUCGUCAAGAUUCAGUUUAGAAAGAUUUGUUCAGAAGGCAAAAUGGUAUGUAAAGUACAAGAAGUCCCUUUUUGAAUCAACUCACAUCUCGAGUUCAGUCAGUACUAAGAGAGCCUUGUUUCUUUUUUUGAAAAAAAAAACACAAACAUGCUGUUUAUGUUCCCAGUAUUGUUCCCAGUUGAUAACAAUUUAAUCCAUCGAUCCGUGUCCCGGGAGUUGGGAGGUGGGGGUCAAAGAGUGGAUUGACAGGAAAAGUUUGGGAACCACUGAUUUACAUCUUAAAAGACGUGUGGGUCACUGAGAGAGACAGCAGAAAGUUCGGACAAUCACAAGAACGUUUGUCAGUCGGCUUUAGUGUUGACCUCUGUGAGUGACAAGUUGUCCAGCUGUGGCGAUCCAGUAUGUUGGCUUCCUCCUUGCAGCUGCAACAAGCUUUAUUAUUGUGAAUUUUGUUUAGCUCAGACCUGAUAGUCAUUUAUUAAACACUGCUAAAGAGUUUGUCUACAUGUUGCAUUAAGAAAAUAGAUCACAUUAUUUAAAAGAAAGUACAGUGCUCACUGCUGGACAGCUGAGGAACGCUUCACUGCCAGAGGAAAGGUAAUGUGGCGUCACAAGACUGCUUCUGACUUAUCUGGAGGAUUUUUUCGUGGAUUCAAAGGAGUCUUAGCUGCAGUUAUGAAAAGUGAUAUCACAUUUUUCAGUCAAGUGAGUGAAUGAGACUCAAAUCAAGCCUUGCGCAGGAAUCUGCAGCUCUCUGAAACAACUCCUUUUAAGGAGCAGCGUGAUAGACAUGCCUAGCGCUCGUUCAGUGGCAAUAGCACCAUUAGUUAAUAAGGUCAGAGAAUGGAAAAGCCGUAUGGGGUAAAACAGUAACAGAGCCAUUUUCAGUGUGGGUUUACAGUAAAAUGAAAUAUUAAGCCUAUUUGAAGGAUGGGACCUGCAGGCUGACGAGCUCCUCUAAAGGUCGGAAACAGAUUCUUAUGAAAAUAUUGGGAAUGAUGUGUAACUUUACUUUCAAUGUAACCAUGUGUGUUUAAAGUGGUAUAACUUUGAUGUGCACUGGGAAACCUUCGGUUAUGUAUACUGAGCAUAUAACAGAACAACAAUGUGCAUAUAGGAAAUCAUUUUUAUUUUGAAAAGCAGGGGAAAGAAACCCAACAGUGGUAUUUUAAAACUGUUUUGCCAGCCAGGGAACUCGCAUCACAAUUCCCUACAAAACACCCUGAUGAUUGUCAGAUAUUUUUUGCAAUACUUAUGCAUAUUCUGUUAAAAAAAAAUCAAAAG